CGGAGAGCACUGAAGCCCACAACCAGGUAUUCGGAUAACUGGCGCGUAUCGCAUCAGGCACAAAAGAUGGCACAAACAGCGGUAGCUCUGGCAGUCGUUGCUGUAGCUCUUGGUGCAUUCAUUAAUUUUUCCAUUCACAAGAUUGAAGAAGGUCAUGUUGGAGUUUAUUACAGAGGAGGUGCACUGCUUUCAUCAACCAGUGGGCCAGGAUAUCACUUCAUGCUACCAGUUCUUACUUCUUUCCGGUCUGUGCAAACAACACUGCAGACAGAUGAAGUGAAAAAUGUUCCUUGUGGAACAAGUGGUGGUGUCAUCAUCUACUUUGAGAGGAUUGAAGUUGUUAAUAAGCUGGAUGCUUCUGCAGUGUAUGACAUUGUUAAAAACUACACUGCUGAUUAUGACAAGACACUCAUCUACAACAAGAUUCACCAUGAACUUAAUCAGUUUUGCAGCAUCCACAACUUGCAAGAAGUUUACAUUGAUUUAUUUGACCAAAUCGAUGAAAAUCUGCGUCGGGCUUUACAACAGGAUCUGUAUGAGAUGGCCCCUGGUUUGACAGUGCAGGCUGUUCGUGUUACUAAACCCAAGAUCCCAGAGCAGAUAAGAAAAAACUAUGAGGCCAUGGAGGCUGAAAAGACAAAAUUGCUGAUCUCCAUACAGAAGCAGAAAGUGGUAGAGAAAGAGGCUGAAACAGAGAGGAAAAAAGCCAUUAUAGAAGCAGAGAAACAGGCACAGGUUGCCAGAAUCCAGUGGGAUCAAAAGAUAAUGGAGAAAGAGUCUGAACAGAAAAUUGCUGAGAUUGAAGACAUGACACACAUAGCACGUGAAAAAGCAAAAGCAGAUGCUGAGUUUUAUCGCAUCUCUAGAGACGCUGAAGCUAACAAGGUAAAGCUAACUAAAGAGUACCUGGAAUUAGCCAAAUAUCAAGCUGUUGCUGGAAACACAAAGAUUUUUUUUGGAAGCAGCAUACCGGAUGUAUUUGUUGACCCCACUGUCUUUACCUCGCCUGCCAAACCUUCAAAGAGUUAGAACCAUUAAUAUUGAUGGAUAAAACAAGUUUUUCAUCAUCAAACAUUCCGGGCCCCAGCUUCAACCAGUCAGAACUGCAUUACCACAAGUAUGUUAAAAGAUCCAGCAAUUUGGCAGCAUGUAAAUAGAGACAGCAUGGCAAACUGUGGCUUGUCGCAUCUCUAACAAAAUAUAUGGAUGGAUUGAGUAUAAAGGAAGGACUUAAAGAAAAGGGCUGAGCACUCAAGAAUAAAAAAAUUAUUUGGGAAGUGGAUAUGCUGGCAGUAAGAGUGAUAUCUUACAAUUUGUGCUUUGUGAUCAAGGUUUGACACAACACUUCAUGAUGGGGUUAAAGUAGAAACGUUGAAUGCAUAGAGAGUUUAAAAGGCAGAUCUUCGAAGAGGUUGGCAUUGACAAGAACAUCAUAUUUAUUGAGACUUACAAGGACUUUACAGAGUCUGCCAUAGACUUGGGCUUGUACUUCUUAAGUUUUUUUAAAGAUUUCUUUCUGGAAUUUUUUCCCUCAUGGAUAAAUCAGCAGAAUUUGUGAUUAAAGGAGCAUGCAUGUUCUAUGUAGUGUGUAUAGACCACAUAGUUAUUAAAAUUUGUACAGUUUCUUGCUCAUCAGCACAUUGAACUUGGGAAAUGCGCUCUACAAAAUAAUUUACUUAUAUACUAUCCACCAUGUAGAUUUUUGUUGUUGUUACAUGUUAAAGCUGCAAAUUCAAAAAGAAAAUAAGGCUAGAAAAGGAUAGUCUGGUAGUAGUACUGAGCUGUAGUCAUUGCAUCUAUGUUGAUGACAUUCAUCUAAUCAUGAACACAAUGAACUGUUUGUUUUGAGACCAUUAUUAUUCUGUGUGUUUAUAUUUUUUGUGAAGCGCUUUAAGUGAGCCUUUGAUGAUGGGUAAAGUGCUCUUUAAAUUUAUUAUUGGUGAAGGAAUUCUAAAGAGUGGAUGAAAUAACUAAUAAUUUAAGAACUUGACAGACUGUUUGCUUUGGAGUAUAUAGAGACCAGCAAAGUGUAAGCUAGGAGUAUGUAUAUACACCCACUGUGAUUGGAGUUAAACUCAAAGCUUUACAAUGAUUAAUACAAGCUAAGACUGUAGCAAAAAAAUGUGUUCGAGGGGAGGACAGAAAGUGUGCAAAAUUUUCACGAAAAUUGCAAGAACAGGAUUUUUCUUGCUUGCUGACCUAGGAAAUCAUUUUAUUAGCACUUCUUGGCAUUUGAUGAGUGAAAUUUCAAAUUUCUUAAUUGAUUUGAAGCAGAAAAAAUAAAAUAGUCAUGGAGAAAAUUCAAAACUUCAUUGUUCUUUCUUCUUACUCUAACUAAAAUUUAGCAAAGAGCUGUUUCUGAUAAGAUUUGGCAAGCUGUAGGGUCAAAAUGGAUUUGAAGUAACUUUCUUUUUAAGUCUAGCUUCAUUUUAGUCAAACAGGAAUCAUUGGAAGCAGUUCAUUCUUCACACUAUUUUUUUCUGCUUUUGUGAUAUUUGCAUUUUGUUGUAUGCUUGUUAUAUCUAAGGAGUUAGUGAUGAAGAUGAAGAGUGUAUAAGUUACUUUGCUGCAGGUAAGCUUGGCUUUAAAUCUUGGUAAUUCUUUCUGAUAAUUGGUUUACAUUGAACAAAGCUGUGAAGAUAGUAUAUGUUCUUUCUGAUGUGGACACCUCUGUAACAAACAUGGUACCUGUGUCCCUUAAACAGGAAUAAACUUACUUUUUUCUCAAAUGGCUUAUUUAUGUGCCAACCACAUGUAUAUUAAAGACUUAAAUUUUACUUAGAAACCAUCUUACUUUUUUCUUACUUAAUCUAGCACUACAAUACGAACGUAUAUUUUUCAUGACAAUUUUACAACUAUUGUCUUCUCAGACAGAAUAUGUCUACAAAUAAUUAAUGCUGGGCAGUCUUCAUUCAGCAGCAAUGCAGCACUGUUCCAGAUGCUUGCACUUUCGACAGCUCAAGUUUUCUUUAACUUGUUAGAUGUUUGCUUAUCCAGGUUAUAGCAUAAAGUGCAGGAAAUUAGCUGUACAGCAAACUGAUGUCAUUCCCUAUACCCAGCGUUUUUUUUUUUUUAACUGGUGAGCAGCAUCAUUUUUAUAAAUCAAGAAAUUUUAAACCAUUUUUCUUUUUGCACUUUAGAAUUUGGGGUGUUGAGUAGUAUUUCAGCACUACCUUAUUACUUCAAGUGUCUGGCACAGUUUUAAACUGGUUCUAGACCUACCUGACUGACUACUCCCAGUUUGUGCUAGUUAACAGCACAUCUUCACCUUCAGCUUUGAAGUGGUGUUCUCAGGUCUCUUUUAUUUAAUUUGUAUAUCCAACCACUUGGUCCCACCAUCCCCCACUUAAGCCUGCAUUAUCACAUGAUAAUCCAUGGCUGCUACCAUCUGGUUUUGUUUCUCAGCUUCAGCAGGUCUGCACCACCAGCAAACUGAAGAUGAAUGAUGACAAAUCUGGAGUCAUUUCGAUGUCCUCUGCGAAGAAGCUGAAAUAUGUGCUAUCCUCUAUUUCAUUUGCUUUAGUAAAACUGUUUUCUUUUACAGACCACCAGGAAUCUUGGAGUUUUCAUUGAUACAUCAUUAUUUCAUGAGUCGUAUCAGUUGAGUAGUUUGCUAGUCCAUUCUUCCUUGAGCUUUACAUGAUGAGUUACAUUCAACCUUAACCAGUAAGUUUCCAUCACCAAGAAGCUGAUAUAUGCUUUUGUAUUUUUUCUGGCUGGAUUACUGAAACUCCCUGUUCAUAAGUCUUCCUAACCACACACUAGAUAAGUUUUAAAGGGCUUAACUAUUAUGCCACUCAUACUAUCUUUUGUAGGCAAAAAGCAUACCAUUCUACACCCCUCUUCUGUCAGCUCCACUGGAUGUCAGUAUACUUUUGCAUUGAUUACAAGAUGGUCACACUGCGCUACUGUUGUCAUUGUGAACUUGCCUUAGCACACCUUUCUGAGCUACUAAUGCCUUACCACCUGAGUCAGUCCUUUUGGUCUACUUCACCUGCUCUCCAUUCUGUGCUAUGCCUCAUUAGUGCUUCAGCACUGCCUUAUCACUUUCAGUGUCUGGCACAGUCUUGAACUGGUUCUAUUCCUACCUGGCUGACUAAACUCAGUUUAUGGUAGUUGCAUGUCUUCACCUGCUACUUUGAAGUGGGGGGUGUUCUCAGGUCUCUUUUAUUCACUUUGUAUAUCCAACCACUUGGUUCCACCAUCUGCCUCUUGAGCCUGCAUUAUCACACGUAUCCUGAUAAUCCAUGGCUGCUAGCUUCUGGCUUUGUUUCUCAGCUUCAGUAGGUCUGCACCACCAGCAAACUGAAGAUGAUGACAAAACUGGGGUCAUUUCAAUGUCCUUUGCAAAGAAGCUGAAAUAUGUGCUAUCCUCUAUUUUUUAAAAGUAAAAAUAACUACAAAGUAUAAUCAAGUCAUUUUCUUCAUUCUUAAUUUGUGUUUAUCUUGGUGUCAUUCAGUUAUUAACACUUGUGUGUCUCUGUUAUGUGCUGAACUGUCGAAGAAUUGAACUUGCCUCCACUCGUGGAAAUGUGCUUUUGCAAAUUUAUAAUAAUAGAAUGAACUUAUACAGUGCCAUAUCCCAUUCCUAUGAGUAGGCUUUAGAGAAAAAAGAUGCAGACACGGAUGCACACAACAAACAUAGAAUGUAUAUGAAAUGAAACUUAUGUUGCCAGAAGCUACUCCCACUGUGUACAGGUCAGUUGAAAACCCAUAAUCCAUGCUGCAAAUCUGCAAAUGCCCCUAUUAAACUAUAAUCAUUAUAAAUGUGCCAUAUCAUUUUGCAUUUUUUUUUUUAAUGUUUUCAAGAGAAAAAAAACGUGUUAACAGAUGGUUUCUUUCCACUCGCCCUAUGAAAACCCCUAAAAAGAGGCUGACUUGUGGAUGAAAAGCAUAAACUGAUAGACAAUACAUAAAUUCAUUAGGUGUAAUACAAAAUGACUAGACAGCAUUUUUCAGAAAAAAUGUUUCUUGCUGCCACCAUGGUUUUCACGUUGUGUGCCUUUAGCAUGGCAGUGAUUAUUUGUUUCUCUGAAUGAGUGAAAUUGCAUAUAUUAGAAAUGCAGACUGUAUGAAGUCUUGGACAAUUCUUACCAGUUUGUACUAUAAAGAUGUUUAUACUCACUGUGAGCUUGAAUGCAACGUAACUAAUGGAUGCUUUUUUCGUGUUGAUAUCUAUGCAAGUUUUACUGUUUAAGAAUAUGAGAGGAGUGUAAUGUUUUAAUUGAAGAUUGGUGUGGCACAUACUUCUGCUCAUGUGGGCCUCACAUCAGACAAGACAAAUUUGUGCGAGCCUUUUCCUCUGGUCCAUGUGUAUGGAAUGCCUUGUCCCCAUUGCUUCACAUAGUGACCACCUUGGCUUUCAAGGCUGGACUUGAUCAUGAAUACUUUCAAUAACUGAUGGUCUUCUUUUCUUGCCCCCUCUUUUUAUAGUUUACGAACUCUGCUCAUGUCUUUCAUGUGGUUUUUUUUUUCCCCAUUGCAUUGAAUUCUCCCCCUAUCAGGGAAAUGUGCUACUUUUUGUGAUUAUUAUUAUUGCCAAAUUAUGCCCCCUUUUGACAAUUCAUUUGGGGCUGUCGUGUAUGUCUGUUAUUGCUAGAUGGUCAUGUGCUGCAUAAUAACAUUUGAUCUAUAACAGCAUAUAUUAGGGUAGUUUCAUAAGAUUAUAAUGGAGUAUAACAAAUUCUAUUGCCUGGAGACGUAUCCAUCGUAACAUUGCUCAAAUGUGAUGAUAAGGUGAUGCUGGUGUAAACAAACUGCACUACCAGUCCUGAAAAGUAUGGUACAUCCAAUUAUGUAAAGUAUAUAACACUUCAUACUUAUACAGAAUCAUGUAAUGUUGCAUUUCUCAGUACCAGUAUCUAAUGUAAGUGAUGCAUAAUUAUAUUCCUCUGUAUAAAAUAUAUAAUUUGAAAUGAAUCAUUACUACAGUCACAGAAGAAAGCAUGUAAUUGUUGUUGGUUGGUUGGUUGGUUUGGCAUCUGUUUUCGAUACUUGUUUGCCUGUAAUUUAAGUAAACUUCAAACUUUUAAUAAAUCGCUAAUUUUUAUAGCCAUAUUUGGCUUUGAAUCAGACUUCUUACCUGUUUGGUUUUUCUAUUACAUUUUUAUCCUUCUUCAUGCAUUUUGUUCUUGCAUGAUGAAUUUUAGUAAAUUGAAUCAUUUUAUUGAAUAGACCUUCGCCCCGUUUCUUGGGGAGCAUACCAUAUUAAGGUAAACACCCAUAAACUGUAUAGAAUAGUCACAUUGUGAUUUUUUUUGCAAUUGUAGAAAAUAUAACAAGUUACGUGUGAUAAAUUUACAGAAAACACAAGUACUAAAGAACACACAGAGAAAUGCGCUAUUUUAAGGGACCUAUCUCUCCAGUCUGAUGCUUUGUAGACAAAUGCGGCUGAGGGCUAGAAACAUUAGUUUUAGUGUCAGCAUUGUAACUUGUAAUCUGAAUAGAGAAGGUCUUUAAUAAUAUUUUGUGGGGAUGUAGCUUUCUCAUGCAUCAGCAUACAUAGGAAAGACAAAUAGAAGGUGUAUUUCAGCUUCUUUAUCCUGACAGAAAGGGCACUUUAUAUUCUCAUUUUCAGCAUAAUGAAAGCGGAGCUUAUGACAGUACCAAGUUGAAACACCUAGCCUAAAUAUUACCAGGGCAUCUCUCAUACCAAUGUGUUUAAUAUCUCCAAGAAAACUGCUCUGUAUUAUGGAAGAUUUGUUUAAGUUAUAGGGAAAAAACCUUGGGCUAUAAUUCACUUUGUUAUGCCAUUCUUGAUAAAAAUAAUCCAUCAAACAUAAUUUGAAUUCUCUUAAAAAGUAUUUGACAUUGUCAACACCUUGAUUUCCCCCGCCCCCAAAAAAAA